GCUUGGAAGCACUAAAAGCGAUAACUUCAGGCAGUUGUCCCGGUAAACUAGUAGUUAGGCGUACAUUGUAUUAAUUUUAGUAGAAAACCAACAGGAAAAUGACUGACCAAUCAUUACCACCUCCUGUAAUGUGGGCCCAAAGAGCCUCAGUAAUCUUUUUAACGAUAAAUGUAGAAGAUUGUAAAGAUCCAGAAAUCAAAUUUAACAAAGACUCAAUGGUUUUCAAAGGUCUUGGGGGUGUAGAAAAGAAACAGUACGAAGUAACAAUCAACUUAUACAAAGAAAUUGAUCCAGACAAAAGUAAAAGUUUUAACCGGGGUAGGUGCAUCGAAGUCAUUCUAACAAAAGCCAAUCCAUCAGAGCCCUACUGGCCCUAUCUUACAUCAGACAAAAAGAAGCAUCAUUGGUUAAAGGUUGACUUUAAUAAAUGGCAAGAUGAGGAUGACUCAGGUGAUGAGGGCGUUGGUGGAAUGGGAGCUGGUAUGGGAGGUAUGGGAAUGGGGGGAAUGGGUGGAAUGGGAGGAGGAGGAGACUUUGAAGAAAUGAUGAGGCAGAUGGGGGGACUUGGGGCAGGUGGUGAAAAACCUGGUUUUGAGGACCUUGAAGAAGAUGACGAUUCAGAUGAUGGCCCCAUUCCAGACCUUGAAUAGAGAUAAUUUACAAGUUUUUUUGUAAUUUUUGUCUACAAUUUAUUGUUAAGUUAUUGAUAAAUAAAUGUUUAUAGAGGUAUUUUGGCGUAUUUCAUUUAGUCAUAUCAAUGAAUAAAUUAGAGUGCACUGUGUAAUUUUUUUUAAUGAGCAAUAACUUUUGUUGGUAUUAUUUAUUUAUCAAUAACAAUGAUUUUUUUAUUUAAAUUUGUCUAGUACUGUUUAAGAAUGGUACACCAAUCUAGGGUUCAAGGCUAUUUUAGAUCAGGGUAGUGUCAAGAACAAAUUAUAUCCAAAGACUUUAGUCAAAGUGCCCUGAUUAUUUGUAUUAAAUAUAUCCAUAAUAAAAGUCAAACCAA